AUGGCCAAGGUACAAACGUCUCUUCUGCUUCUUCCUCCGCCCCCGUCGCUCUUAAAUGCAGCCUCCGUCGCCGCUGCUUAUGAGCCCUCAAUAUUGGCGACUGUCACUGCACUACGGAAGCUUGAGGCACACACGGAACUCCAGGUGGCGUUGCCAUGUCCCGAUCUUCAUGGCCGGCUUGGUGGACCUCGCUCCCAGAUAUGGGGCGACAUCCAACACCUUCUUGCCAUCUUCUAUAGCUUGUUCUGCCACGUUUGUGCAAAGCAUGGCGUGGACAUCGACUCUGACACUGCUGCGCCGGGUUCUGUGGAUGCCCGAGUGAUACUCCUGGAUUACGAUAGAACGCUGGCGCUUCCAGAUGGAGGUGAAGACAAAUUGGAUACCUGUGUCGUCGGUCCUAUUAUUGACCUACCUACGCUUGCGAUGACACGCCGCCAAUGGAACAUUAUAUUCUCUGUUGAUGGCGAAGAAGGUCAGAAGCUCCUUGCUACCUAUCAGAGCUUGGCAAAUAGGUCUCUUCCUCCUCUUACUGGUCACGUGUAUAUGGUCGGCGGUGGCCUCGCGAUGAUUCAGAGAGAUCCCGAACCAUCUCGGCCGUGUCCAAGCCCAUCCUCGUCCCAUACUGUUGUUGCUCUCGGCGGUACGUUUGACCAUCUUCAUGCAGGUCAUAAGCUCUUGCUCACCGCCGCUGCCCUCCUCCUCCAACCAGCCAGUAAGACGUCUACAGUUGCUCGGCGCUUGAUCAUUGGCAUAACUGGGGAUGAGCUUCUGAAAAACAAAAAGUAUGCCGAGCAUAUAAGAAGUUGGAAGCAGCGGCAAGAUGAUGUUGUUGAUUUUCUGCUCUCCAUCCUAUCAUUCACGCGUUCGAGUCGGCAAGCAGCGCUACAGACGCGAUCACUCAAUGAACCGAUCCCCAAUGGCCGAGCAGUCCACACUACCCUGAGACCAUGCUCCAUCACAAUUGAAUGUGUCGAAAUUCAGGAUCCGUUUGGGCCUACGAUCACGGACGAGAGCGUCACAGCACUCGUCGUCUCAAGUGAAACCAGAUCUGGCGGCCAAGCGGUCAACGAUAAGCGAGUAGAAAAGGCUUGGAACGCUCUCGAAGUCUUCGAGGUCGAUGUUUUGGAUGCAGAAGGAUCCGAAGAUAGCGGAAUUCGAACCGAGAGUUUCGAGUCAAAAAUAAGCAGUACCGCAAUACGGAAACGCCUUGCCGAAAGCACUCGUGGCUCAUCCCUUUGA